UCCUUUAGCGUCGGAAAUUCAGCCAAUAACUUCAACUUUCACCUUUCUUUUAGUCUAAUUUUAGAGACUUUUUCCACAAUGAUUGCCUUUUGAGACAAGUAGAAGUAUCAAAUAGUCCUAAAGCUGCCUGAAAGUCGUCAAAAUAGGACUAAACUUCUGCUGUGUUUCUUCUUUUAUUCGCUGUUUGGCGAGUAUGGCGUCGAAUUCACCAGGUAGCAGAUUGUCAAGAGAGAAGCUCAAACUGAACUUCCAAGGUGGAAUAGAGAAAAAAAAGUUAAACCUCGCAGGACUCGCGACACGACAACCAACACCGCUUCAAUCCAAUAUUGAAAGACUCCGAACUCACAAAGCUGUUGGAAAACUGUCAUUUGGCCCGGAUCAGAGUUAUGAAUAUUCAUCGGAAGACCUGGAUGAUUGUGGUGAGAUUGGUAGAGGUGCAUAUGGCACUGUCAAUAAGAUGUUACAUAAGGAAAGCAACACCUACAUGGCAGUUAAGAGAAUUCGUUCAACAGUAGAUGAAAAAGAGCAAAAACAGCUUUUAAUGGAUUUGGAUGUUGUCAUGCGAAGCAGUGAUUGUAAAUACAUUGUCAAGUUUUACGGAGCUCUUUUUACUGAGGGUGAUGCAUGGAUCUGCAUGGAAUUGAUGCACACCUCAUUUGACCAGUGUUACCGGCAUGUUUAUGGGGUUGUAAUGGAAACUAUACCAGAAGACAUUCUAGGAAUGACCUCAUUGGCAGUUGUGAAAGCACUGGACUAUCUUAAAACAAUGCUCAACAUCAUUCAUAGAGAUGUGAAGCCUUCCAACAUCUUGCUCGAUCUUCAUGGACAUAUCAAGCUUUGUGACUUUGGUAUCAGUGGCCAACUUGUUGACUCCAUUGCUAAGACAAGAGAUGCAGGAUGCAAGCCCUACAUGGCGCCUGAGAGGAUAGAUCCCAUGUCUUCAAGACAAGGAAGUUAUGACAUCAGAUCAGAUGUGUGGAGCUUUGGAAUUACCUUAAUUGAACUUGCCACUGGAAAAUUUCCUUAUCCCAAAUGGAAGAGCGUAUUUGAUCAGUUGACUCAGGUUGUGAAGGGAGACCCACCACGCUUGACUAACAAAGAUGGAGGAAACUUUUCAGAUGAAAUGCUUGCCUUUACAAAUGUGUGCCUUACCAAAGAUGUUACUAGAAGACCAAAGUACAGAGAAUUGCUCAAGCAUCCCUUUAUCCUAAGGUAUGAGGAAAAGCAAGUUGAUGUGGGAUCCUGGCUCAGUAGAAUCUUGGCGCAGGCGCCACUGAACUUUGAUAGAUUAGAGUUAUGAUGCUUUGAAAUAAAUAAAACUAUUUUUGUACCAGUUAAUGUAAAUAAUACCCAAAACUUCCUGAAUGUGAGACUGUGAACUUGAGUCAAGAGGGAUUGAAUUCUAUUGACAAGGGUCAGUAACCAUCUUCAAACUAAUUGAAAGAAAUCAAUAGUUUUUCAUCUUUAUAGUAGUUUUAACAUAUGAUAACAAGCUAGUGGAAAUGUCAAACCAUUUUAUAUUGUAGGUCACUGUGUAACAAACAAAAUGUUCAGUGAUUGGCCCAAAUGAAACCAAGAAAUGUUAUAAGAUCUCUAUAAAUCUGUGAGAUUGUUCACUCUCAAAGACUCUGAUAGGAGAAAUGGGUAUUCAAGUUGUUUGUUUUUUGCAUUUCUGAAAACUGGCCAAAUCACUUGUUCAAUAUAUAAGCUUCUUUGCACCUCUACUGUUGUUGUUGUUGUUUUUCUUUGUUCUCAGUUGUGAAAUGAAUUAAUGGUUAGAAAUAUGAGUUAUGAGCUGUGGUAUUGUGUAAGGUAUUUUUAAAAUAGUCAUUUCAUUUGUGAGUUUCAUGGCAUUGAAUAAACCAUGAAAUACAGUAUCACUGCAAGGAACCAGUUGGUUCAAGCAGAAGAUGAAGUUUUGAGAAUUAGUUUGCUGCAAUGUAUUAGAGGGUGAAAGGUUUCUAAAUUUAAUACUUUUUUUUUUGUCUUAUUUGCUGAAAUAUUUGAAAAACUUUCAUUGUACAUUAUAAUUUUACUUUACUUAGUUUUUCUUUGGGUUUUCAUGGAGAGAUGGGCAUAAAGAAAUAAGCUAUUUCUUGAAAAAAAGAAAGAAACUUUUUCAAUUGCUUUUGCAUGCUUUGUUCAUUGAAUUCAUUCAAUUAUAUUAAGUCAUUAUUAACAGUGUGAUAAUGAUUAGGUGCAAUAAGAAAUGCAGUAGAUAAAUAUGUUGUGCAGUGCUGUUGCAGGUUCAGCUUUUUUUAAAACUAGGUUUUGCUACAAGGUAAUGUUUUCUGGUUUCCAACAAAAGAAAAUGAACAAAAAUGAUUCAAAACUAGGGAAGUUGUUUUGAUAAAUUGUUAUUCUUUGUGAGUCACACUUCAGUGCGCUUGAUCAUUUACUUAUUUAAAUGUAAACAAGUGUUAUUUGAAGAUGCUCAGUGAAUGAUUACAAUAAAAAGCAAUAUAUUCUC